AUGCCAGCCUACCGCGACAAUCCAUUCGAGCACACCAACGAGAGUCGCCCAUCGGACCUCCAGGAUUAUUAUGAUACGGUGCCGGCACCCCACCGCCUUUCAGGGAACUACUCUACUUCCUCCCUCCCAACAGGAGCCAGCCACCCAGCCCGUAACACGGAAGGCUUCCAAGGCGGCAUACCACUAGCCACUGGCCCCUUCUCUUCCUCCAACUCAGCCACCACGUCCACGCCCUACCAAGCCAUAGGCUCGUAUAACCAACCAUUCACCGCCGAGUCCACAGACAACCUCCCAGCACCUGCAGGCGGUUAUAGGAUGGCUGACUAUGGUAACACUAUGUCCCGCGAAGGGAGCAAUGUUAUGAGUAACGCUACGGAACCCAAGCUAGAGACGUAUGGCAGUCGUGGAGGGAGUACGUGGAUGGAGCCGAAGGCGCCAAAGUCGAACCGUAGGAAGUGGAUUGUUAUGAGCAUUUGCCUCGCCGUCGCGGGCAUCAUUAUCAUCGUAGUUACAGUCGCUGUCGUCGUCUCAAAUAACCACAAGAAAAAUUCGACGCUCUCCACCACCUCUGGCUCCACCUCUGGAACUAACAGCGGCAGUGGAACAGUCCAGACGAACCCCCAUGAUCCCAGCAGCUUCACGAAGGACCCGAAACUGCACCAGUCGCUCUAUGGCAUUGCGUACACGCCUGUGGGCUCGCAGCUGCCGGAUUGUGGUAAUUCACUAGAGGCCGUCAUCCAGGAUAUUCAGAUCAUGUCGCAACUAACAAAGCGCAUCCGCCUCUAUGGUGCGGACUGUAACCAAUCCGCACUCGUCCUCGAAGCCAUCAAGCAGACCAAAGUCGACAUGACGGUGUGGCUGGGUAAUUACCCCAUCGCGACGGACAACAACGCCGCGUACCAGCGCCAGCGCGACGUCAUCAAGCAGGCCAUCCAGACGUACGGUACGGACCACAUCGGCGGCGUCACGGUUGGGAACGAGUUCAUGCUGAAUUAUGUGAAUGCCAACGGUGCCACAGACGCGAAUAGCGCGAUCGGCAGCACCGGCGCACAGAUCCUCAUCGCAGACAUCCAGGACACACGUCAGAUGCUCUCGUCCAUUGGGGUUAGCAUCCCCGUCGGGAACGCUGACGCUGGAAGCUACUUUAACAACCAGGUCUUGCAAGCUGUUGACUACGGGAUGGCCAACGUCCACCCCUGGUUCGCAAACGUGUCUGCCCAGGAAUCGGCAGGAUGGACAGCGGACUUCUUCGCACAGCAGGACGUAGCUGUAGCGAACAGCCUAUCGAACAAGCCAACGAUGUACAUUGCGGAGACUGGUUGGCCUACAAAAUCGUCGGAUGCAGGGAAUGCGAACAACGGCCCUUCGACGGCAUCUGAGGCGAAUCUGCAGAUCUUCUUGGACACUUUCGUAUGCCAGGCCAACAAGAAUGGAACGGGGUAUUUCUUCUUCGAGUUCUGUGAUGAGGAUUGGAAAGACAAACAAUUCGGAGGCGUUGAGGGAUGGUGGGGUUUAUUCAACCAAAACCGCACGCUUAAGAACGUCGUCAUCCCCAAUUGUCAGUCACCCUGA